GCGACGUCACAGGGCCCCCGUCGUCAGGCCCGGGGGCCGGCGGGGAGGAGGUGCAGUGCGGCCUUCCCUCCGCUCGGCUCGCCCCGGCCCGGCCUGGAUCCAUGAGCGCGGCCCUGAUGAUGGCGGCAGCCGAGCCGAGCUGAGGCCGGACCAGCCCAGCGACCGCACCCGCGGAUUUUCCUGAAUGCGGCCGUGUGGAGCAACAACCCAAUGGACGUUAUGGAAAGCCCUCUGAACCUGAGAAAAGCCAUGAACUGAAUGGAAAAGCUGCCUGAUUGCUGAAGGAAUUCUGAAACAAUCCCCAAAACUGUACUUGUACAAAUAGAAGAAUUCAUGGACAAGCUCACCAGCAGAGCAGAAAGGCGGAGCGUAUGCUAGCAGCAGGAAGGUAUGCUGAAGCAAUUGAUUGUCAUGGGAAGGCUGCAGAUCAUCUUGAGAAAGCCAUGAAGCUAACAGAGUCCGAACAGGCCUUGUUAUCACUGGAGCUGCAGAGAGACAGUCACAUCAAACAUCAGCGUCUAAUCCAUGAAAGAUGGAAGAAAGACGAAAAGCUCAGGGCUCAGAUAAAGCCAGCAGUAGCAGCAAACAGGGAAACAGAUCCCCAGUUACCACUGAAAGCAUUCUCAGAUGAAUCAGAUGGUCAGAAGACACUUCCCACAUGUGCAGAAAUGAGUAGCCUUAACCAGGAGGAAUAUCUGAAACAAAUUCGGAACUCCUAUGAUCGGGAGCCGGAUACUCUUCUCUUUCUGUUGGAGAAGAAGCACGUUCCUUCAAAGACCUGUGCAGUGAACAAAGCUCCUAAAGACGACAAGACAAGGAUAGAGGAACAAGAAAUGAAAAUUUCCGAACUGAAAAGACUUGUUGAUCUACUUACAGCUGAGAAUGAGAGACUAAAGAAGGAGAACAGGCUGCUAAAGGCAGAGAAUGCGCAACUUAAGAAAUCGCCAUUGGAGAAGGAAUUAGAUAUGGAUUCAGACUUUGUGAAAUCAGAGUUAUGGUGCAUCAGUCAGCCGUCCGAUAAUGCUACCAACGCUGGAAAAGCGAAAGACAUUCCAAUACCCAACCUUCCUCCUUUGGAAAUGCCAGCUCAGAACAUUUCAUUGGACGAUCUUCCCCCUUUAGAACUUUCUGAGGAGGUUGUGUGUAAUCUGAAAGAACCAUUGGACAACCAAAAGGAAACCUCAAAGGACAAACUAUAGGGAGCAUACUUGCAUUAAAACAAAACAAUUUGUUAACAAACAAGUGGUACAGUGCCUCAAAACAGCAGUUAAUGUUCCUGUUAUACAUACAAGAUCAACACCAGAUGUGUUCGGUGUGAACUGGGGCACUGUUGACAGUCAGGUACUCCAUGGAUCAGUCUGUGCCACUCAAUGAACUCUUAAUGUGAUGCAAAUUACAAAGCCAAUCAGGAACAUUAUAUGUAUUUCUACUGUAUGAUGAGGGAACCAAAUCAACAACUUUUAUUUCUGAACGAUCAGUUUACAUUGAAAUAAUAGGGGUGCAUCAUUGUAUACUUUUUUUAUCGUUUUCUUUCAGAAUAAAUGAAUUACCCUGUG